GUGGGUCCAGAGGGUUUUGGGUUUAGUAGUGUAGCAGCAGUUGAAAACCCUAGGGGUUUAACCAGCACGGCGAUCAACCCCGCCCAGAACCCUAACGCCCAUGGCUCCCUCCGCACGGUCUCCGGCAAUUCGCCUGCUAUACACCCUCUCCUCCGCCCUCAAAACGACGUCGUCGCCUCUUCUGACUGGUCACCGGCGGACUUUCUCAGCCGGCAACCCAGCGAGAGUGGAGGCAACAUGGUGGAAGGAGUCAAUGGAGAGGCUUCGGAACAUCGGAAUCUCUGCCCACAUCGAUUCGGGGAAGACGACGCUGACGGAGAGGAUUCUGUAUUAUACGGGAAGGAUCCAUGAGAUUCAUGAGGUUAGAGGCCGCGAUGGAGUAGGUGCGAAGAUGGAUUCCAUGGAUUUAGAAAGAGAGAAGGGGAUCACGAUUCAGUCUGCUGCUACCUACUGUACUUGGAAAGAUUAUCAGGUUAACAUAAUUGACACUCCUGGUCAUGUCGACUUCACCAUUGAAGUUGAGAGGGCUUUGCGUGUCCUUGAUGGUGCCAUUCUUGUCCUUUGUAGUGUUGGUGGUGUGCAGAGUCAGUCAAUAACUGUUGAUAGGCAAAUGAGAAGAUAUGAUGUCCCAAGAGUUGCAUUCAUUAACAAACUUGAUCGAAUGGGAGCAGAUCCAUGGAAAGUUCUCAGCCAGGCAAGGUCAAAGCUCCGGCAUCACAGUGCUGCUGUGCAAGUUCCAAUUGGGUUGGAAGAUGAUUUUCAGGGUCUUGUUGAUCUUGUGCAGUUAAAAGCUUACUAUUUUCAUGGUUCCAAUGGUGAAAAAGUUGUGGCCGAAGAAAUACCUGCCAAUAUGGAGGCAUUAGUUGCAGAAAAGCGGCGUGAACUCAUAGAAAUGGUUUCCGAGGUUGAUGAUAAACUAGCCGAAGCAUUUCUAACAGAUGAACCUAUAUCAUCUGCUAGUCUUGAGGAGGCAAUCCGCAGGGCUACAGUUGCACAGAAAUUUAUACCGGUCUUCAUGGGCAGUGCAUUCAAAAACAAGGGAGUGCAACCCCUUCUUGAUGGUGUGCUUAGUUAUUUGCCUUGUCCUACUGAAGUUAGCAACUAUGCUCUUGACCAAAACAAGAAUGAAGAGAAGGUGACUAUAUCUGGAACUCCGGUUGGACCUCUUGUCGCAUUGGCUUUUAAAUUGGAAGAAGGGCGCUUUGGUCAAUUGACAUACCUAAGAAUCUACGAGGGUGUCAUUCGGAAGGGUGAUUUUAUAAUCAAUGUAAACACAGGCAAAAAGAUAAAGGUUCCUCGCUUGGUUCGGAUGCAUUCUAAUGAGAUGGAGGACAUUCAAGAGGCCCAUGCUGGGCAAAUAGUUGCUGUCUUCGGUGUUGAUUGUGCUUCAGGUGAUACUUUUACUGAUGGGUCAGUGAGAUACACCAUGACCUCUAUGAAUGUUCCAGAACCGGUCAUGUCAUUAGCUAUUUCACCCGUUUCUAAGGAUUCUGGAGGACAAUUUUCAAAGGCUUUGAAUCGCUUUCAGAGAGAGGAUCCUACUUUCCGUGUUGGGUUGGACGCUGAGAGUGGGCAGACAAUUAUUUCUGGAAUGGGAGAGCUGCAUUUGGACAUUUACGUUGAACGCAUUCGGAGGGAGUAUAAGGUUGAUGCAACUGUUGGAAGACCUCGUGUUAACUUCAGAGAGACUGUUACGAAACGUGCUGAAUUUGAUUACUUACAUAAGAAGCAAACUGGAGGACAAGGUCAAUAUGGAAGGGUCUGUGGGUAUGUAGAACCACUCCCAGAAGGAUCCACCACUAAGUUUGAAUUUGAGAACAUGAUUGUAGGACAAGCUGUACCAUCCAAUUUUAUCCCAGCCAUUGAGAAGGGUUUUAAAGAAGCAGCCAAUUCGGGUUCACUGAUAGGGCAUCCAGUUGAAAAUAUUCGUAUCGUUUUAACAGACGGUGCUGCCCAUGCUGUGGAUUCUAGUGAACUUGCAUUUAAGUUAGCUGCAAUUUAUGCUUUUAGACAGUGCUAUACAGCAGCCAAACCUGUGAUAUUGGAACCUGUAAUGCUUGUGGAAUUGAAAGCGCCAACAGAAUUUCAGGGCACUGUUACUGGUGACAUCAAUAAGAGGAAAGGUGUGAUCGUUGGAAAUGACCAGGAUGGAGACGAUUCUGUAAUUACUGCCCAUGUCCCUCUAAACAAUAUGUUUGGGUACUCAACAUCACUUCGUUCAAUGACUCAGGGGAAAGGUGAAUUCACAAUGGAAUACAAAGAGCAUUCACCGGUUUCUCAAGAUGUGCAGCUGCAAUUAGUGAACACCUACAAGGCCAAUAAGGCAGCUGAAAAUAGUUAGGAUUCUGCUGUGACUUUGAGGAACACGUCCCUACAUUCAUAGUGUAAGCCAUAUCUUAUUUUUUGAUAUUUAUCCGGGCCAAAAGUGUUCUGGUCCAUAAAUUUUGAAAAGCCAAAUAAUUGUUACCUACAUUCUUUAAUACGAAUAAUGUAUGAAAUGACUGUACUUUAAACAGGUAUUCAUCACA